AAACACGAAAAAUCAAAAUUUCAAAACACAAAAAAAAACACAAACACACGCGAGUCAAAGGAGGAAAAGGGAAAUCGAAUACGCGAAAACAGGCUAACGUGUGCGAAAUGUGUUUGGCGCAGACUCGAAACAUCAAAUCAAAUGUCCUGUUCAUCAAUGACAGUACCAAUGUUGUGAUACAACAAGCACGUGUGGAUUUAAGAAUAAAUUCGGGAAAAAUAUUUCGAAAUUUACAGAAAAAAAUGACACAAAAACCUGAUGUUAUGGAAGAUGAUAAAAAUGAUGACUGUGAAGAAUUUAUAUUGAUACGUGUACCGAAAACAAUCGAUCCAUCUACAUUGAAUGGAACGAAAAUCUAUCUGAAUCGAAAUGAUGAUCGUCCGAAUGAAAUACGAUCAUCAUCAUCAUCAGGUGAUGACCAAACUUAUGGAUAUAAUUUUACUGCUAUCAACAACAACAAUCAAUUAGCAUUUUAUUCAAUGAAUAAAAUUCAACCAGAAAUAUUGGAUAAAAACAAUGUUUAUCGUUUAGAUCGAAAUACUCGUCUAAAAGGUUGCCUGAAUUUUUAUCAACAACCAUCACCAUUAUCAUCGAUCGAAACGAAUGAAUCCGAAUUACAACCACUUGAAUCGGAAUGUCCAAAUGAUCCAGUGGAUAAAAUUAUUCAUCGAAAUAAACGAAAAUUCCUGACAGAUCAAAAUCCGAUCAUCAAAUCUAAUACCAUUGUCGAAGACGAACAACCAAAACUUCGUACGAAGAAAAAAUCCAAAACAAAAUGAAUGAAAA